AUGGGUGCGGGAGCAAGCGCCGAGGACAAAAAGUCCAAGGAGUUGGAGAAACAACUCCAAGAAGAUGCUGAUAAGGACUCCAAAACAGUCAAGCUUUUACUGCUUGGUGCUGGUGAGUCAGGAAAAAGCACCAUUGUGAAACAAAUGAAGAUUCUGCAUCAAGGUGGUUACACAAAAGAGGAACAAUUGGAGUUCAGAGCAGUCAUCUAUGGCAACAUCCUGCAGUCUGCUCUGGCUAUCAUCAGAGGCAUGGAGAUUCUGGCCAUUGAUUUUGGCUCAUCCUCUGCACAGGAGAAUGCACAGAAGCUGCAGAACUUGUCAGACUCCAUUGAAGAAGGCACAAUGCCUGCUGAGCUGUCUGAUGUCAUCAUGAAGCUGUGGAAAGACACUGGUGUGCAGGCCGGCUUCGACCGAGCUGCUGAGUACCAACUGAACGACUCUGCUGGCUACUACCUCAAUGAAAUGGACCGAAUCUGUAAGCCAGAAUACCUCCCCACUGAGCAGGACGUGCUGCGAUCUCGCGUCAAAACAACUGGUAUCAUUGAAGAACAGUUCUCCUGCAAAGAGUUAUACUUCAGGAUGUUCGAUGUGGGUGGCCAGAGGUCAGAGAGAAAGAAGUGGAUCCAUUGCUUCGAGGGUGUGACCUGCAUCAUCUUUUGCGGAGCCCUCAGUGCAUACGACAUGGUGCUGGUAGAGGACGAUGAAGUGAAUCGCAUGCACGAGUCCCUCCAUCUAUUCAACAGUAUCUGCAACCACAGAUUCUUUGCACUGACCUCCAUCGUGCUUUUCCUCAACAAGAAGGAUCUCUUUGAAGAGAAGAUCAAGAAAGUCCAUCUGAGUAUCUGCUUCCCAGACUACGAUGGCUCCAACUCGUACGACGACGCCAGCGGCUACAUCAAGACGCAGUUCUUGGAACUGAACAUGAAGAAGGGUGUGAAAGAAAUCUACUGCCACUUGACCUGUGCCACAGACACAAGGAACGUUGAGAUUGUGUUCAACGCUGUGACAGACAUCAUCAUCAAAGAAAACCUUAAAAGUUGCGGUCUCUUCUAA